GACUAGAGACGGUCAUGAUGCCCCAUAGCAAUCCCUGGGGCUGUCGUUUGGAGUGCUGAACAUGGCAUUGGUCAUCUCUACUGCAGAGCUAGAGGACACUGCAGAGAAGCCUGGGUUAAGGGCAUGGAGUAUCCCAUGUGAAGAGAAACUUUGAGGAUUGGCUUGUUCAUUUGAGAAAGGAGAUAGGAUAAAAGCACGUCAAUUAAUGAAUCUUUUAAAAAAAGCUGAGAAUAUGGCACUGAAACAGAUUUCCAGCAACAAAUGCUUUGAGGGUUUCCAGAAGGUAUUUGAACAUGACAGUGUAGAGUUAAAAUGCAAAAUGAGGUUUGGAAUCUAUUUGCCACCAAAAGCAGAAAUUGGGAAGUGUCCUGUGCUGUACUGGCUCUCAGGAUUAACUUGCACGGAACAGAACUUUAUAACCAAAUCUGGUUUUCAUCAAGCUGCAUCUGAACAUGGCCUCAUUGUAGUUGCACCAGAUACUAGCCCACGUGGCUGCAAUAUUGAAGGAGAAGAUGAAAGCUGGGAUUUCGGCACAGGUGCUGGAUUCUAUGUAGAUGCCACUGAAGAACCAUGGAAAACCAACUAUAGAAUGUACUCAUACAUAAAGGAUGAGCUGCCUAAAUUAAUAAAAGCCAAUUUUCCAGCUGACUCAGAAAGGAUGUCUAUUUUUGGGCACUCAAUGGGAGGCCAUGGAGCUCUUAUCCUUGCUUUGAAGAAUCCUGGAAAAUACAAAUCUGUAUCCGCAUUUGCUCCUAUCUGCAAUCCAGUUCAGUGUCCAUGGGGGAAGAAAGCCUUUGGUGGCUAUCUGGGAUCAGACCUAACUCAAUGGGAGGCAUAUGAUGCUACCCAUCUUGUGAAGUCUUAUCCAGAUUCCCAUCUUGACAUCUUAAUUGAUCAGGGCAAAGAUGACCAGUUCCUAUCAGCAGGGCAGUUACUGCCUGACAACUUUAUUGCUGCCUGCACAGAGCGGAAAAUCCCAGUAGUCUUUAGAUUGCAACAGGGCUAUGAUCACAGCUACUUCUUCAUCGCUACAUUUGUUAAUGAUCACAUCCGGCACCAUGCAAAAUACCUUAAUGCUUGAACCUCAGGCAUUUCCUCUUUCCAGGACAAGACAGUACGUACACACAUGGAAAUAAAAAUCACUUGCUGAAUAGCGCCUAUUAAAAUUGAGUCAUACUGAUUGUACUGCUACAAAAUCCUUUCAUUCUGCGUACUUCAAAAUAAAUAUUUUUGAAGCUG